AAGCAGAGCCAGCAGGAGGGCGCAACACUACCUGAUCAGAUGAAGACUUCUCUUCUCCUUCUAGCCACUCUACUGCUCAGAGAGAAAACUUGCAAAGAAUGCCUUCAUGAAGUAUUUCAGCUAGAACAAGGAUAAUGUAUUAUCACCACCGCCUCUCGCAGUUUUCGACCCAAUCGUACGGUCCAUUUGGUCUGGCAAGCACAGGCAAUACCGAUUCGGGUCGCAAAACCCCACAAAACCAUCAACAUUCACCUAGCUCUCACGCGGGGUAUAUCAUCGGCCAACCAAUCCCAUUCGUAUCUGGCCAAUUUGCUGGGAACACGGUUAGGGCAGAGCUGGUGGAGAUCCAGAAGGCCGAUCUUGGAAGAAAGUGUGUGCUAUCCGUGAAAUCCAGUCAUUUCAGCAAAUGAAGAACUUGUCUGUCACUUUUCACAGGUAUGCACGAGUUGAUAGGCGUCCUCUAGACCCGCCUCCAGUUGUAGCUCUGAGGCUGUUUCAUGUCACUGAGUCUGAUUCCGAGGAAAGGGAGUUGCCGAACGAGACCAUUCAGGUUCUAGGUCUUGUCUGCACCGUUGAUUUGUUUCCUGUUCCAGAAUCAACAAGUUACGAGAACAGCUCACGUUCUCCAAGCCGCACAAGCUCCAUUCCCCCACAGAGCACAACGAGAACCGUACUGAACCCUUCGCCCUCACGCUCUCCCGAUUCAUUUUAUAACGCGUACUCCCCACAACAAGAAACAGGGCUCGGAGAUAGCACCCACAGGCAUUACAUCAACAAACUUGCAGCAGAUUACGGCGGACUUUACGCCAUGCCAAACACAAACUCGGCUCUAAGCACCUCCGCUCAACCUACAAACCACAUCUUCCCGUACUCUGUACAACUUUUGAACAGGCCACCUUAUCCGCAUGUUACCUGCCCUUCGUCGCCGGCCGCUUGUCCCGAUCACCGGUCUCAAUAUGACCCGUCCGCUCAGCCUCAAGAUCAGGAAAGUACCUCACCACAAACGGGACAACAACCACAACAAAUUGUACACUAUGUUGACGGAGUACCGAUUGUUGAGGGCACACAAAUGACACACGCGUUGGUGGGGGCGAAGUUUGUUCAGCCAACCCCUGUAGACUGGCACGGGCAGAAGAGGUUGAUGUUUGUGUUUUCUGAUUUGGCUGUGAAAAUCGAAGGUCUUUUCAUCAAUCGAUACAGAAUCUUCGAUAUAUUCUCGCGUGCUGCCGGCCACAGUGAUUUGGUAGUCCAGGCUGAGUGUUAUGGCGGACCAUUUAGAGUUUAUUCCACAAAAGAAUUUCCUGGGUUGCAAGCAAGCACCGAGCUGACAAAAUUGAUAGCACGCUACGGCGUUCGACUGAAUAUCCGCGAAACGGAACGCAGACGAAGGAAAAAGAACGGUAGUCUCGUUUCGGGAACGGGGAAAGGGAAAAGAAAACGUUCUUCGGAUGAAGAAGACGAUGAAGAAGUAGAUGGGGAUGAUGAUUAGGUACAAAUAGGCCCCGUAUUGUGAGUGGCCGAUUCCAUGGAUGAGAACAUGACAUCUAUUGUCCUUGGCUUUUUUUGGUUUAUUGUUUUGUAAGUUCUCAGUCGCUUUUGCUGUCAUAUGUUCUCCCUUGCUCGUUUCUUUAUGCCCACCCCUUGCAUCGAUACCACUAGAACUUGCAUCCGCGCAAUCUUACUUUUUUGCAUUCUCGCACUCAUUGUAUGAUGGACUUGUACGUACUAAUACCUAGGCCUGUAACUGACCUAUCUAUGCUUGUCAUCGUCAUAUAGGACCGGUUACAGGUCUAACAUUCCUGUCGUUUUCCCACUGAACAACGUUGUACAUACACGACAUUAUCUUAUCUUUUGACUUACUAUGUUGAUCACCCG